CUAUACAUUGAUUUUUUGGUUUAGUCGGUCACAAGAUGCCCCUCCUCGACCACUUUUGUUUCUGCUGCUCCGUACGGCUUGGAACAAUUUUUACCGGGUUCUACGCAUCCCUCUCUUCGGCUAUUUGUCUGUAUUAUCUGGGAAUUUUGGAUGAAGACUCUGUGGAUGAGUAUCUGGAGGAGUACGAUGUGCUGGAACAAGUUCAGGACAAUUUUCUCAUUCACCGCAUUGUUUCCAUUGCCCAGGAGUAUCUAACUUUGUUCCUGGAGACGUGCAUUAUCCUCAUUUCUCUUCAUCUCAUUACGUGUGUCCUCUUGAUUGUUGGAGCCAUCCGGCUCUACAGAUACUUCCUCAUUCCAUUUAUGAUUCUCAAUAUGGGCAAGAUUAUCUUCUUCCUUGGACUCCAUGUGAUCGCUAUGAUGGCCCUGAAGAAGCAACUUCCCCUUGGAGAACUCAUCGCCACCACUUGUGCAGGAGGAUUCUACAUCUUGUUCCUCCUCUAUAUGUGGUCAACAUCGGUGGCUCUCUAUCAGCAAAUUAAUCUCAUUCAUUCAGAAAAGUAUCGACGCCUCUAUGGGGAACUCCACGAGAACAAUUCUCUCAACUCUCAGAGGAACUUCCUGCAAGUUCGUCCGAUGGAAUUUCCUGACAAAAGAGGCAAAAAGGAACGAUUCCGGACACUUGAGAAUGACUCAAAUAUGCUCUAUCGGGAUUUCAUGUCUAUUUAUUCUAGAAAGAGAUAUUAAAUUCACAAUUUAUCUCACAGA